AUGCAGACCGAUUGUGGUUACAUAAAAUUGCUAUAUUUGACUUGUAAUAUUUUGGGUUUUUUGCCCCCUCACAAAUUCGGUACUGAGGCAUUGCCUGUUAGUUUUCGGUUUAAAAUUUACACUUUGUGUCAUAUUUUCGUGUCAAUUUUGGUGUUUUUUUAUUCUUCUUAUGGUCGUGAAAGGUAUCUUUAUGACAGUUUUGAUCCAACGGUUGCCAUCACUGAUAAAAUCGCAAAUGUGACUCUCUCAUUGGUCAAUGUGAUUUUACGUGUGUCUUUUGUUUUUUUUAAUGGUAAAAUUGUGAAGGAGUUUUUGAAUGGUGUUUUUAAAUUAUCGAAAAUUGACGGUUUUAGGUGUUUCACCCCACGAAAUUUUAAUUUUCAAUUAAUUUGUUUUAAUUUUUACAUGAUUUUAAUUAUUGGGUUUGAUGGUUGGGUCUGGAAUUCCACUCUGGGGUUUGCGAUUUUUCGCUAUUAUGUUGGCAGAAGUGUGAUGUAUUAUGCGAGCAACACUGUGGUGUUUUUUGUGUUUCAUUCAGCUUCGAUUAUCAAGAAUUUUUUUGUCUCCUUGAAUUUGUUACUGGAGAGAAGAAAAGUUGAUAAAGUCGAGUUGCAAAAAAUUCGUGUUUAUUACAACGAAAUUUGCGGUCUUUGUGACACUUUUAAUAAAAUUUUCGGUUUUGUGAUUCUAUCAGUGAUUGUGUUCACAAUUUCGUACAUUUUGAAUUUGAGCGAUCUUUUGCUCGUUUACGCGGUGAAAAAACGCGAAAUCCGGGGAUUCACCUAUGGCAAUGAUUUGAUCGUUUUGAGCGUUUUAUGGAUGUUGACACUUUUAAUCUUUUCUGUGCUUUUGGCACACGAGUGUGCCAGUGCUGUUUCAGCAUCGGAGAACAUCACAGCGAUUUGCUUCAGUUAUUUGAACAAAAUUCCAGCAAUCCCGAAGAGUUAUGAAGAAUUCUGCCUGAAAGAGGAAAUUUGUUUGCUAAUUCAGCAAGUUGCAACACGUCGGCCGAGAUUUUCAGCAGCUGGUUUCUUUCCUGUCGACUUCACUUUGCUCGGUUUUAUUCUCGCUAGUGUCACUUCUUAUGUCAUUGUUUCAAUACAAUUUAUUCAAUAA